AUGGUUCUGAUAAAUUCACCGAAAGGCAGUCAAAUAACACCAGUCUCGAAGUGUGAAUUAAAAAUGGAAUCCGGUGUUUGCAUCAAGUAUAUCGCACCUUCGCACGUCAAUCCACUUAUCGAGAUUUGUGCUGAGUGCACAAACUCAAUGGAGACUGAUUUGUCGCAUACUGUUCCGAAAAAACGAAGCAGUUAUGAUGGCUUCUUUUUAGAUGACAUGAAUGCGAAUGAUCCAUCAGAUGACUGGGAAGGUGUGAAUGCAUUAUGUCAAGCAAUCGAUACGAUUAUUCAGCAUGAUUUGACAGAUAUGGCUGUUGGUAAAAAUGUUCUCGAACUUGGUUUUUGUACGGGUCUUCCAUCGGUAUUCGUGAUGCAGAAUGGUGCUUCUCAUGUGACCCUUUAUUGUGCGGAUGAUGCAAUGCUGAGUCUGUGUGUCAAACCAACACUUUCUCGAAACAGCAUUGAAGAGUCACAACAAAAGUUCGUAAAUGGCGAUUUCGACCAUCUUAAAGAAUCGCUUGAAGAAAAGCAAUUCGAUGUCAUUCUGGCGACUGAAUUUCUCAAUACCGAGCGAGCAUCAUUUGAGCAAUUGCACGAUAUCAUUGACUACGCUCUAGCACCGGAUGGCAUUUGUCUCUUCUCAUCAAGGAUGUACUAUUUCAACUGUGACGGAAGUUUACCGGAAUUUUUGGAACUGGUAAAAAGUAAAGGUAAAUUCGAAUCAUACACCAGAUGGACAUCGCCUAAGAGUGAUGUUGUGCAAAGGAAAGUGGUUCAGCUAACAAGAACAAUGCGAUAA